AAAUUUUGUAAGCUGUCAAAGCACCUGUUGAAAAAGAAAACGAUCUAAAAGGCGGAAAAGCUGUUAGUCUUUUUCGAGAUACAGAUUGUUUUCUUUUUAAUUUUAAAUAUCGGGUAUCGUUAAAAUUAGCAAAGGAUUGAAUUUUGGGGUCUGGGUAUUUCUAAGAAUCUGAUUAUCGGUUCAGAAGAGAAGUUCAUUAGCGUUCUUGAUAUGGGUGAAAAUUCUAAUAGCAUUGAUGAAUGGAGGGAGUAUUUUAGGAGUGCUAAUGUGGAUAUAUUUGAUAUAAUCGAGCACGCUAUUACAGUGGCAACCCUAGAUAAGCCCAAUGAACUGAGAUUGAAUAGAGCUCGAAUUGCUGAGAAGCUUUUCACAUGUGAAACAACCACCUUGUGCUCCACCUGCAGAAACGUAGAGCUGGUUUUACGGCCUGGUGAUUCCCAAACCAUGUCCCAAACCACUGAACUCACCAACCUAGCACAGACUGAUAAGAGCAAAGAGAGAAAAAUUAAUGAUGAUCGUUUGGAUAUGGAGGAGUUCAAUGCCAGCAACCAGAUCAGCAAUGGCAGCUGCUAUGCAGAUGCUGAGGCUUUGAGUGAUGAGAUUGAGGAGAUUUCUAAGACUGUUAAUGAGGUCUCAAGGAUCAAGCAGAUCAUCGAUAAACAUCAAGAAGAGCCUGAUUACUUGGUGAUUGAUUCCCUUAGAAGACUUCAAUUGAUGGCUUUGUCUGUGGAUAUUCUGAAGGU